AUGCAUGCCACACACGUCCGCUCUGUCCGCAUCUCCUCCCCCGCCGUCUCCGGCUCCCCCAAUGAACACGGACCUUCCCCUCUCCGCCGUCUAAAGUCCAAAUCGUCUCUUUGGAGUAUCGGCAGCAGCAAUCAAGACGACGAACCUUUCGCAGAGCCUACCAGCGCCGAGAAGAAUUCUAAGCCGAGCAUCUUUCGUCGCUUAUCGCCCGCCCUCGCGGCUCGGGUGAAGCUAUUGGACGGCAGCUCCAAAAACAAUAACAACAACCGUAACGCCGGCGCGGUUGGUCGGAUCCCGGAAGAGCAUUUGAAGGAGCUGGAUAACUUGCACCAGGAUUUGUCCAUCAAAGUUGAAAGGAGAGGUCAGGCGUGGGCUGGCCAGGUGCCCACAACACCGGACGAAACACCGACCCAAAAGCGCACCGCGUCAAACAGGCUAGAGUUACCCACUCUUGAUCUCCUUCAGAAAGUCUCCGACGCGCGUGCGGAGGGCUCAGAAUACACCGACGUCGUUGUCGACCUCCCAGAGCCACCUGUUGUCGCCGCUGCCUCUCCUCCGCCUCCGGUGGCUGUUUAUGAUCCUCCGAACAACCCACCACCGACGUCCAUGUCUGUCGCGGAGCCCACUCCCCUCCCCCUCCACCUCAGCUGGGUGCUGGAUACACGUACCGACUUUGAGAAAUAUGUUGAUGACACCAAGCGCAGCGAGGAGCAGUCCGCUCCUUCACCCCCGCCAAAAGACUCCCCGCGCGGCCACACUUAUAGCCUCUCCUCUUCCUCCAACCCACAGUCAUAUUUCAAUGCGACGAAUUCACAGCGCCCCGAAUCUAUAUACUCCUUCUCCCGCGCCUCCUUCAGCAACCAACUCUCACAGCUUACUUCCAUACCACUCCCUCAACCUGCGGCGCUCGAAACGAGUAUAACGAAUAUCCAAACCGCGCUUCUAGCGGUUCGCGCACUGAACGGCCACGCAGACCAAAUCCAAUUCUGGAUCAGGAAAGCAUUCGAUGUGCUCAGUGGGCUGGAUUCCGAGGAUGAUGUGGAGUGGGCAGCAGCAGGUGGCCGAGAAGGCCUUGAGGGAGUGGACAAGGCUAUCACCCGAUUUGAGUCUUUGGUCAACGUCUAUGUGAGCGCUAUCGAGAACGUGCAGCUCCGAGACGACAUCGCCACUGUCGACAACGAGAACUUGAAGACUAUCGUCAGUCAGAUGGAAAGCAUUUUGCAAAACUGGUCGCAAAUCAAGAGCAAACUCAGAGGUGUGAAGCAACAAGUAGAGUUGGCCAUGGAGUGGGAAGAGCUUUGGUCCAAUGUACUUGGCGAUGUGGGGAUGGAGAUUGACAACCUCAGUGGAAUGAUUUUCGAGAUGGAGGAGAAGCGACACGAGGCUCUAAUGGGCAACGGUCCGGAAGCGACAGGCGGUGUUGACAUCAACGAGCUUGAGACAAUAGUAGAAGAAUCUCCGUCCAAAGGCCGGUCGCACUCUCACAGUCGGAUGAGUCUCGGCGCUAUCAUGGCGAGCGCUUCUAAUACGCCCAUCAUCAAGACCCCUCAGGACGACUCGACCUCCAAUCUCAUGGCUCUAUUUGCGCGCAUGCAGCCUCUUCGUGCCUCCCUGGAUUUCUUGCCAAUGCGGCUGUCUAUGUUUCAGUCCCGAGCUAACAAGAUUUUCCCGAGCGCCUGCGAUGAGCUGGAUGACCGACGAGAGCGUCUAGAGAAAAGCUUCCAGGUUCUACAAACUGACUCCGAGGCGCUACAAAAAGAACUUGGCGAGGACAAGUGGAUCAUGGUGUUCCGCAAUGCGGGAAGUCAGGCGCAGAAGAUGUUUGAAUCUGUGGAGCGCAGUCUUUCUAAACUUCAAGAAGGAUUGGAGACAAACGCGCCGGUCAACGAUCCUGCGACGUUUGUCAAGCGAAUGGAUACCUAUGAGACAAAGAAGACGCACUACCUGCCUGCAAUUGAGCGCGUGAUCACCAUCAUUCAAAAGGGUAUCAAUGACCGUCUGACCCUAAAUGGUGAGGUCCUACGGCUGCUAUCUGAUAUGAAAUCACGAACGGAUGCUCUCAAGGCCAGUGUUAAGGUGAUGGAUGCGUCUCUGGAAGACGUCCAGAUUGCCAGAGGUUCACAACUACGUGAUUCCAUAUCAAGUAUAGUCACGGUGGAUAGCCCAGCUGCAGGCAGUGCCAUUGACACCCCCGGAAGUUCACCUGCAUCGUCUGUCAUUCUCGGGGGCAGUUCAUAUAAAACACCGCUGGGUGGUUCAAGUCGCCGCGAAAGUUCCGUCGGCAGUGCCACGACACGCUCAACUAUGUCCAAUGUUCGAAGGUUUUCGGGUCUACCACAGCCACAAACUACGGGACGUAAGUCUGCUAUUCCCGUCCCUUCGGGCAUGGGUUCUCCGCCACCGUCCAAGCACAGCUAUGCAACCACCCCGACGCCAGCAAGUCGCAGAUUGUCUCGCACUCCGCAGCCACCGUCCACGAUUCCCAACCGGCCGCGGUGGAAUCCUAGUGUUAACACGCGGGACGUGGAUACUGGUCACAACUAUAAAACUUCUACCGGCUAUCGAAACUCAUCUGCUCCAAUGCGCACACCCCGGCCAUCAUCGACUAUGGCAUUCCGACGCGAUAUGUCUGCUUCUCCAGCUCCUGGCGCUGGACCUGGCGGUCGCUCGAUCAGUCGUCUUUCCAGUCGCCUGGCCUCGUCAUCCCGAAGUCCUUCACGGAAUAUCUCCUCUCCUACCCCCGCUAAAUCCUCACUCCUCGACCCACCUCCCUACAGCCGACUUCGUCGAACCUCCGGUGUCUCCAAUACAUCCGGCAUGUCAAACACACCACGCAGUCGGCAAAGUUUCGCCGGAGUGAGCUCCUUCAGCCGCAGUGUAUCGGCGGCCCAAGAACAAAUGGACAGUCCGACAAAGUCCACCCGUCCUGGUACUGCAUUAGGCCAUUCCGGAAACAAGCGCAUGAGUUUGCUGCCCUUGCCGACGCCGAAGGAACGCACCGCUGCGCAGAAGAGGCUUGAUGCACGACCACCAUGGCGAGCAUGA